AUGGGAGGGGCCUGGGGCAACCACGGUCGGGAGCCCUCGAGGGGUCGGCGAAUAGUGCAGCUCCUGCAGUGGCUGUGCAGCAGCGCCUGCGAGGAUGGCCCUGCGGCCGUGGCGCGGUGGGCGGAGGCGAAGCGCUCUGGCAGGAGGGCAUCCCAGAGCGUUUCGGCAGGGUACUCGGCGCCCGCAGCGGCAAAGGUCGGGGAACAAGCAAAGCAGAUGAAGGGCGGCGCUGGCACCGAGGCUCUGGAAAAUGCAGUGCUGAUAUUCCUGCCAGGUGUCAAGGAGAUCCAGACGCUGCACGAGGCGAUCCUUGCGACGAGAGAGUUUCGUAGCGAGCCUCAGCGCAGUUGGGUGCUUCCUCUGCAUGGCAUGCUGCCCCCUGACGAACAGCGGUGGGUCUUUGAUAGAGCGCCCCCUGGAGUUCGGAAGGUCGUCAUCGCCACGAACAUCGCGGAGACUGCCAUCACUGUCGACGACGUGAGCAUCGUCAUCGAUUGUGGCCGCAUGAAGGAGAAGCGUUUCGAUCCGGCGAAGCGGAUGGAGUCACUCGAGGACGUUUUGGUCUCCCGCGCCAAUGCGAAGCAGCGGCGCGGCCGCGCCGGCCGCACCCGCCCAGGCGUCGCCUUCCACCUGAUCACGAGCUUCGCGCAUGACAAGGUGAUCGACAGUUUCCAGCCUCCUGAGAUCUCGCGAGUGCCGCUCGAGCGCCUGGUGCUCACCAUCAAGUCUCUCAGGUAUGUCGAGCCUGCCAGCGAGGUCUGCGCACGCCUACUGGAGCCGCCCAAGCUUGUGGCGGUCAAGCGAGCUGUCAGAGAGCUGGUAGAGCUCGAUGCGCUUGACGUCGGAGACGGCGGCGAGAAGCUGACGGCGUUGGGCGUUCACUUGUCAACACUGCCUGUCGAUGUACGCAUUGGCAAGCUGAUCCUACUGGGCACCAUCUUCGGGGUGGUCGACGAGACGCUGACGAUUGCCGCCGCGCUCUCGUACCGGUCGCCCUUCCUCUCACCCUUCGACCAGCGGGACGCCGCAGACGCCGCGAAGCGAUCCUUCACCGUUGGGCAAUCCGACCACCUGGCAGUGCUGAAGGCCUACACGGAGUUUGACCAGACCUCUGGACAAGCGAAGUUCGAGUUUGCCCGGGAGCAUUUCCUCGGGAUCAAGACUCUGCAGUCCAUCACAUCGCCGGACUGA